AUGAAAACUUAUGUGAGCAUCACAAUAAGUGUUUUAAAAUUAACAUCAGCAUUUGUGAGAGAUUUCUUUCUUAUUCAUAAACAUAAUCGUCAAGAAAUAGGAGGCAUUGUAAUGAGUGACAGUGAUAAAAGGCAAGAAAAUGAUUUUGAUUCCUUUAAAAGAAAAGCUUUCGUGAUGAAGAUUCCAACAUAUUCUUGCAGUGAACGUUACGCUACAACACGACACAAGAAAGCGUAA